AUGGCCUACCAAUCUGAUCGACCAGCGCCAGACAAAAACAACGUCGGUCGGUUGACUCAUCUUGUUACAAACUCCCGGUGUUAUGAUGACAGUAAUAGCUCGCUUCAUCCAAUGAAUACCUUCCAAACCUGGCAAACCACCAACACCGUCAACUACGCGCAGUCCACCACUCUCCCACCAUAUUCUCAUACCACCGUUGAUUCUAGUCAUCAAACGGACCCGAUGUACACAUACGACGUAAAUGCUUCCCAAUCCUACGUCUGCACUCCUUUGCAUUGCCCUGCGGAGCCAUUUGUUGAGGAACCAGCUUUCUUCGGGGAUAUCGGCUCUCAAAUGGCGUCCAUUCAACGCUACUCUCAGACCUAUGGUUCGAAUAGUUCUAUCGCCAACUCUAAUUCCUACGAUACCGGCGAAUGUUUCACAUCAGAUGCAUCAGUAACCGACACCUCCUGGACCAAAGGCGAUCUCAGUACGCCACAUACCAUCAUGAACGAGCCAUGUCCUCGUCUCCAAGUGGGCUCCAUAGCAACGACAACAAUCGCCAUCGGAAACCGAAAAAAACCUCCCAUCUAUUUUUGCGACGUUUCAGGAUGCACCUCGCAAGGAUUUACAAGUUUCCACAAUUUUGAAUAUCACCAGAGAUCACACCUGAAUAGCAGGCCAUUUGUGUGUCCUGAUUGUUCUCGUGGGUUCACUGCUCGAUGGGAUCUGACCAGACACCAAAAGCGCAAGGGAGGAUCGUGUGGUACGACGUCACUCCCACCAACGCUCGCUGGAUCAGUCAGGCAUUCGGAGUAA